CGACAUUUUUUACGUUUAAACACACACUAGAGUAGCAGAGUUUGACAGGGUAGCACGACUCGACAGAACACCGACGCUGGCGCCGCCUCUCCCGGCCUGGGCUGCGCUCUGCCCCCGCCGCGGCUGGAGCGCUGGUUGGUGGGUGACAGCUGCUGCGGGAGAGAGAGCGAGGCCCUGCGGGAGAGACCCGGAGCCUCUCAGGCUUGUGAGUGCGAGCUUCCCCCGCUGUGACACGAACUAUACAGCGGUAUAACAGCAAGCCAAAACCCAAAAGAUGCGCCCUUGGCCAACUGCUUUGCCUGACCCUGUUCUGAUCCAGCCGUGGGAGCGUGUGCAGUUCAGCCAAGCAUGAGGCUGCUGGCCUCCUCAUUUGACUUUCUGUGGCGUCGUCCAGCUCUUUUCGUCCUCAUGGAGUUUUUUUAAUAGCAGCUAAAGCUAUUCUCUGGCUGUUCUCUAAGAACCGUGCACAGAUAUGUAUGAAGGCCUUAAGGUAUAGCAGCCCGUCUGCCUACUUUUUGAGGUCUUCACGUCCGUAGUGAACGAGACAGAGAGAGAGAAAGAGGGAGCAAACGCCAGCGCGAGAGAAAGAGAGACUUAGGAUCCCAUGAUCCGUCGGGCCGAAGCGCUUUCACCAUGAGCAGUGCUUUAGGCAAAGACAAGGACUGCAAGGAGAAGGAGCCGAAAGCUCCGUCCGGCAAGGAGCGGGAGAAGGAGCCGAAGGCGCCCGGCAGCUUGGGAAAAGAGGGCAAGGACUCCAAAACCAAAGGGAAAGAUGCCAAAGACGGUAAGAAGGACGCCGGCGGAGCGCCGCCCGCCGUGGCCUUCUCCGUGGACAACACGAUAAAGCGGCCGAACCCGGCGCAAGGCAUCCGCAAGAAGUCCAGCAACGCCGAGGUGAUCAAGGAGCUCAGCAAGUGCCGGGAGGAGAACUCCACGCGUCUGGACCUGUCCAAGCGCUCCAUCCACCUGCUACCCUCCUCCAUCAAGGAGCUGACGCAGCUGACUGAGCUUUACCUGUACAGCAACAAGCUGCAGAGCCUGCCGCCGGAGGUGGGCUGCCUGUCGGGCCUGGUGACGCUGGCCCUGAGCGAGAAUUCCCUCACCAGCCUGCCCGACUCACUGGACAACCUGAAGAAGCUGCGCAUGCUGGACCUGCGGCACAACAAGCUGCGGGAGAUCCCGGCCGUGGUGUACCGCGUCACCUCGCUCACCACGCUCUACCUGCGCUUCAACCGCAUCACCGCGGUCGAGAAGGACAUCCGCAACCUGGCCAAGCUCACCAUGCUCAGCAUCCGCGAGAACAAGAUCAAGCAGCUGCCUGCCGAGAUCGGUGAGCUGUGUAACCUGAUCACUCUGGACGUGGCCCACAAUCAGCUGGAACACCUUCCUAAAGAGAUCGGCAACUGCACACAGAUCACCAAUUUGGACUUACAGCACAACGAGCUUCUGGACUUACCUGAGACUAUAGGCAAUCUGUCGAGCAUAAACCGCCUGGGUCUGCGGUACAACCGGCUGUCAGCAAUCCCCCGAUCGUUAGCGAAGUGCCGGGAGCUGGAGGAGCUAAACCUAGAAAACAACAACAUUUCUGUGCUACCUGAGGGUCUGCUCUCGAGUCUGGUGAAUCUGACCAGUCUGACUUUGGCCCGAAACUGUUUUCAGUCGUAUCCGGUGGGCGGGCCUUCACAGUUCUCCACCAUCUACUCUCUUAACAUGGAGCACAACCGCAUUAACAAGAUCCCGUUCGGCAUCUUCUCCCGUGCCAAAGUCCUCAGCAAGCUCAACAUGAAGGAUAACCAGCUGACGUCGCUGCCUCUGGACUUCGGCACAUGGACCAGUAUGGUGGAGCUGAACCUGGCCACCAACCAGCUGACCAAGAUCCCUGAGGAUAUCUGCGGCCUUGCGUCCCUUGAGGUUCUCAUACUGUCCAAUAAUCUCCUGAAGAAGUUACCUCAUGGAAUUGGUAACCUGAGGAAACUCCGAGAGCUCGACCUGGAAGAGAACAAGCUGGAGUCUCUCCCCAACGAGAUCGCCUACCUUAAAGACCUGCAGAAACUUGUUUUGACCAAUAACCAGUUGACCACGUUGCCAAGAGGGAUCGGUCACCUGACCAACCUGACUCACCUGGGGCUGGGAGAGAACCUCCUGCAGCACCUGCCUGAGGAGAUCGGCACACUGGAGAACCUGGAGGAGCUUUACCUGAACGACAACCCCAACCUGCACAGCCUGCCGUUCGAGCUGGCACUGUGCAGCAAGCUCUCCAUCAUGAGCAUCGAGAACUGCCCCCUCAGCCACCUCCCGCCACAGAUCGUCGCCGGUGGCCCUUCCUUCAUCAUCCAGUUUCUGAAGAUGCAGGGACCCUACCGCGCCAUGGUGUAACCGCACAGCCCCGCCGGGGGGGCCACGCACUGUACACACCCCCCUCCACACACACACACACCGACAACAGCGAAACAUAUUCACAUACUCCUCAUUUAUAGAUAAACGUCAAAGAGACGACGUGGCAGAUUUACUCCCAGCCGGAUUACUGAUCAUGCCAAUAGACCAAUCAUAGCCAGUUAGGACCCGUUCCAACCAAUCACGUUUAAACAGGAGAAAAACACAGAACAGGAGAGGAAGAGGAACGAUUACAGACUUCUGCUGCCGAACGAGGAGAUGAUGGUUUAAGAAUACGGCUGCUGAAGCACUCUGUUUCCCUGUCUGUCUCUCCGCCUGUUUGUCUGUCUCUCCGUUUGUGUGAGCAUCAUUUUGCAUUUUGCCAACUUCGUUCAGUCCUCUUCAUUUUUUUUAUUUUAAAGCGAGAAAAACAUUUGUAUGCAAAAACAAACAAGAAUUAAUUACUUCAUUUCAUAUUUUUUUUGCUGCUGCUGCCAUAAUCUACUUUUUUAUUUUUUAAAGAAAUUGUUUAUCCUCUUGAUAUUCCCUGAUUUUUUUUAUUGUUAUUAUUUUUAUUUUCCUUUUUAAAAACCAUCCCAUGUCGUUUGGUUCUUUUUCUUUUUUGUUUUAUUUUGAUUUGUACAGAGGUUGUGUAUCUGUUGGGUAUCUGAGAACAAGUGUAGUUGUAAAACCAUUCUCUCUCUUUUUUAUAUAUAAUUAUACAUAUAUAAAUAUAUAAAUAUAUAUACAUUGAAAUUGUGCCUAUCCAGCACGAUUUGCUGGUUCCUUUCUGAACAUAAUUGUUCUUGAGGUGUUUCAUACAAAAAACGAUGAUUUUACGAAAGUAUAAUUUAUUGAAUAAUUCCUUUAUAUAACUAGUUUUUUUUUUUAUAUUAUUUCAGAACGUUUUACUUUUUCCUUUUUUUCUUCUUUUUUUAUAUCCAUUCCCAUCCACUAAUAGAUUGAACAAACUGAUGUCUUGUGUUGAAACUGGCUGUAUCUGCGUAGUGUCGAUGCGGUCUAUUGCGGCUUCCUUGUCUAGUGAUUUUUGUGGUAAAAAGCGAUUUAAAUAAAGCGUUUAAAUUAGAGAUUCACUUAUUUCAGAUCGAUCACCACAGUAAUCGUUGUGCAGGUUAGCCAAGAAGCAAAAGGAUAUGGCAGGAUUUAGACUGUUGAGAGACGAGACGAGGGGGAGGGGGUUAUGCUGCUUACGGUUCGAGUGCGGUUUUGGUCCACAGUUUUACUUUAUUCCUUGCAGUAAAUUUAGUGUGCUAGGCUGCGUCCAAAACUGCAUUCGAGUACAAAUCCUUAUACAAAUCAUUUUAUUACCUAGUGCUGGAACGAUAUUUAAAAGGUUUAAAAUAGUCAUGUAUACCAUUUAUCUGUAAGUUUUGAGAAACGGCUCUUCAGUUCUUCGUAAAGGCUAGUGCCGAGUAGCAUUAGCUCAGCGACUCGGUUCUAAAACAUCAGCUUAAAGGCGUUUGUGGGCCUUGUGCUGAUCCACAUCACCCUAGGAGUGAUAAAGGAAAAGAGAGAGCGCCAUCUACUGUACUCACCCAGAGAGAGCAAGACUAACUGUGCUCUCUCAGGGCUCCAGCAGCUGAUGGCAAGCUGCAUGACCGGGAUUCGAAUCGGCAGUGAUAGUGCUUUAGACUGCAGGACCACUCUGUGCCCCUUGCUAGUAUGGUUUGGUUUUAGUGCACAGUUUACAUACAGCUCUGUAAAAAAUGAAGAGAUCACUUCAGUUUCCGAAUCAGUUUCUAUGAUUUAGCUAUUUAUAGGUUUAUGUUUGAGUAAAAUGAAUAUUGUUGUUUUAUUCUAUAAACUACAGACAACAUUUCUUCCAAAUUCCAAAUACUAAUAUUCUCAAUUAGAGCAUUUAUUUACAGAAAUAAAUGCAGAACUGUCAGACCUCAAAUAAUGCAAAGAAAACAAAAAGUGGAUAUUCAUAAAGUUUUAAGAGUUCAGAAAUCAAUAUUUGGUGCAAUAACCCUGGUUUUUAAUCACAGUUUAUUCAUGCAUCAUAUUCUCCUCCUCCACCAGUCGUACACACUGCUUUUGGAUAACUUUAUGCUGCUUUACUCCUGGUGCAAAAAUUCAAGCAGUUCAGUUUGGUUUGAUAACUUGUGGUCAUCCAUCUUCCUCUUGAUUAUAUUCCAGAGGUUUUCUCAUUAUUUUCAAGUGCUCUCUUAUUUUUUCCAGAGCUGUAUGUACUAUGCAGUGUGUACUACUUUCAGUACGGUGGUUGUGAAUGUGGUUUGGGACGCAGCCUCGGCCUGUUGCGUGGUGCGGUGCAUGGUAUAAGUGUGUGGUUUUGGACGCAGCAGUAAACUCUAUAAGACCGUACCGUACUGUACAGAUGAGAGUACUAUUUAGACGUGUUGCUGAGUAUGGCAGUAUGUGGUUUGGGACGCAGCCGUAGUAACUUCAGUUUUAUGGUGCUCUGUGUGAGGUUCUAGUUUGUGUGCUUGUGUUCCUGGUGGCCGGAGAUGUGCACUCCAGCCGAGUGCUCUAGGCAGUACAGAAGUUCAUACUGGAACGCAGCCCGAUUUUUAACUUUACCAAACUUUUUAUCCUUCAGUUUCUUUUCCAUCCUUGCUAAAACUAGUGCACACUAUUUACGACUCUCGAUACGUUUUUAUUAUUUUCCUUCUUUUUUCUUUUUUUUUUAAAUGCACUUUGUAAAUGAAUUGUGGCGUCCUGCUCGACUUUAUUAAGGGGGUCGGCUCCGAUGUUUCUGAUUUUAAGGCAUUUUUAAUCUGAUAGUGUGUGUAAGUAUUUUAUGCUUUAUUUGAUCACUCUAUCAGGUUAUGGUUUAUCUUGUUGUCAAAUGAAUACGAUGAGUUUUGCCUCAGCAGAUUUAAAUGGGGGAAAAAAAGCAGAAAUUUCUUUUUAUUCUAUCAACCCUUUUAUUAAAUAUUUUUGAUUUUAAGCCGUACGUCUGAAAAGUCUGUUUGGUGUGUGUUUAUGUAAUUUUAUUUUUUAAGAAAAAUCCCAUAUCUUCGGUAUUAUUAUAACUGCUUUGUUUUGCAAAGUAUUGAAUUUUGAAUUUGCGACCCUCGAUGUUUGACGAAUGUCUUUUUGUUUUAUCCUUUUUUUUAUAAGAAUGAAAUUGUCUUCAUACUGUGCAUUUUACAAAAGAAGAAGAGUCCCACUCCUUUAUCUAUUCAUCAGCCAACCCUUCUUUUUUUAAGCCUUUUAAAAGUGUCGUCACGACUGUACUGUUUUUCUUUACUCUCUUUACUUGCUUUCAUUUUCCGGGAGGAGUCCGCGGCGGCGACAACAGCAUCGGUCCACGACGGGAAAGGGCACAACCUGUCUCUGCGUUCAUGGACAUUUCAUAUAUAUGUAUACACAAAUAUAUACACACACACACACACACACACACACACACACACACACGAACACAAACAUAAAAACGACGCUGUAAAACAACGCUCCCCAGCAGAGACAAAGAGCUACACGACCAACCCGGCGCAAAAAACUCGAGCCUGGCGUUAAAAAACAGCAGCAGCACAGACUGAAGAAGAAAAACUAAAAAACAAACAAAGACUUUAAAAAGUAAACAAUUGUAAAAAGGGCUUUUUUCUGUUCCCGCUUGCCGAUUCGCCAGAGGCAUUCCUGGUUUUGUAUAAAAGCUUAGAAAAGGAAAAAACAGACCUGUACAUUCACGAGUUCCUCUUUUGUGUAACUGCAGUUAGCUGUUGGCGAAAUGGAGUUCUGGUUCUGAUUAUUGUUCAGUGAUGAUAAUAAUAAAUGCCUUCGAGUUGUUGGAGUGAAACGUGCAUUAGGAACACAGCAGCACGGCCGUGUCCCGAUCCGCAUCCAUGUUCCCUUUUCUUUCUUUUCUUCCUCCUUUUCCAUGUUAAUGUGCCAUUCCUGAGGGGCUUUCUGAGGGAGGCGGGAGUGAGGGAUGACGGAGGAGCGUUUAUCAGAAAAUCAAUAAAGGAGAGAAGGAGCGGGUCGUCA